AUGUCAGGCGCAGAAUUAUAUACUUCCCCAGCCGAUAAUUUUCUCCAAGAGGAAGUCUACCGACUCGGUACAUCCCCAGGUCUCCGAUCUCUUCCACCUGGUCCCUUACGCGACUUUAUUCUUUUAAGCUGGGGGCCACUCGUCUAUCGAACCUGCUAUAAGCGUGAAAACAAACACCUUCUACCGGUUUUCUUGCGCUGUUUGAACGAUGCCGUGAGCAAAUCGUUAGGUCAGACACUCAUUGGCUCUGAGAAAGACCAUGAAGAAUUGACAAAAAGCUAUUCCUCUAAAAUAUUCAGCACACGCGAUUUAUACAAUGAUCUUGAUGAAGAAGGGGUUCGUCGGGCAUUUCAUGACUAUAAAGUGUCCUUGGUUAUUCCGGCAACAGAUCUACCGAGCCGAUUGCGAGCCUGUCUGAUGGUUGAUGACGAAGUUCUGUCAAAUCUCCAGGCGUCGCUUGAUCUAUGCGUGAUGGCGAAGAAGAGUCUUGAUCUGGACAGGUGCUGGGUCAAGGUGAUUGAGGAGAAUUUCCCAGAUUCGAGAUGUGGGGAACAGCCAUACCUUGCACAUUCAAGUAAAGAUGGUGGCGGUGGGGCGCCCGAUGGGAAAUACCAGGGCUGGGCUAUGGUGGCACUACCUGCUCUUGUUGAGGUAUUUGAUGGAAUAAGAAAGAUGAAGCAUUUGGUGGAAUAUUACCGGGAGGGUCGGGUAUAUCUUGGACAAGGAAAAUGGAGCAAUCAAAAGCCUUCCUAG